CUUCGGUUGGCGGGAGAGGAGCAGAGUUAGUUGACUCUAUGAAGCUGAGAGGAAAUGGAGGCUUUACUAGAAGCAGUGCAAAACCUUGGCCAAGAAGGCAAUGUCCUCACCACCUGUGAAGUUGAAUUGCAAGAACUGAUGAAGCAGAUUGAUAUCAUGAUGGCCUCUAAAAAAUCAGAAUGGGAAUCACAGCUCCAGUCAGUGGAAACCAGGCUGAAGGUUCGUGAACAGGAACUUAGCGCCAUUCGAUUACUGCUUGACCAAAAACAAACAGAGGUGGAUCUGUUGCAAGAGCAGUUACAGGACAGUGAAAAAGUUCAACAUGAUAUGGUGGUGCAGUAUGAAUCACAGCUCAACAUAUUUCAGGGAGAGAUUGAGAAACUGAAGAAAAACUAUCAGAAGUUGCAGAGACGGCAUUUCAGGGAAGUGAGGGAAGACAUGAAGGACAGACAAGACAGGAAGGCAAGCCUGUCUGAACUCAACAGGCUGAACAAGAAGGUUGAGAAAUCAAUGGAGGAAAAUGAGGAACAGAACAAGAAACCACAGGAACAAGAACACAUCAUUCAGAGUAAAAAUCUCCAGCGGAAACAACUGUAUAAGGAAUUGGCCAAUUGUAAUGAAUCGCUGCAGUCCACAGAGAAGACUGCCAGCAGGUUGUCAGAAAGCUUGAAGCAGCAGUGCAAUAAUGCACCUUUCACCCAAACUGAACUUCAAGAGGUCCCACUCCAUGCAAGCCUACAAGAUGAGAAGAAUCUCAGGGAUGAAGUUACAGUCCUUCAGCAUAGCUUAGAUUCUGCAAAUCAAGAAAUUUUCAGAAAACAGGAGGAGCUGAAGCAGGUGAAAGAGGAGUAUAAUAAAUGCAAAUCAGAUGUGAAAAAGCUGAGAGACCAGUUGGAUUUGGUGGAGCAGCAACAUUAUUCUGAGUUGAAGGGAAUGAAGUUGGAGAUCUCACAGCUGACCACGGAACUGCACCAGCGUGAUGUAACUAUUGCAGAAAUGAGUGUAGCCACCCCCAACGUGGAACGCCAGCUUCAGAGUGAACUGGAGAAAGCUGACAGAAAAGCUACAGAAAUCAAGCAGAAUUGUUCGCUAAUGGACCUUCGGGAUGGCUACUUUUCAUCUUUGAGGCAAUUGGAACAGGAAAAUCAACAGCUCCAGAAAGAACUAGCUGAUGUUAGAAGCAAACUGGAAAUGUCAGCAAAAGUGUCUCAGGAGAGAUACGAAAUGCUUCUGGUUCAGAUACAGAACAAGCUGACAGACAUCAGAGAGACUGAAGACAGGCGAGUGGAAGAGCUCCGGCUUGAACAUGAGGAGGAGUUGCAAAAGCUUCAGAAGCGACUCAGGGAGAUGACUACAAAUGCCAAAGAUUACAAGCUGCCUACGCAAAGUCAGCAUCCACUGUCCAAGCCUGACUGUGGUAAUUUAACAGAAGGUCAAGGCCAAGCUGGUGAGGUUGACCAUUGCAAUGUCCAUCAAUGGAACUCGUGUGUUGUUUCGCCAUCUGACUCUCUGCAUGGGAUCACAUCUUGCACGUUGUCUGACGAUGAGAAUGAAGUGGAUUUUCCUGACAGUGUGUCAGUGCAAUCUCUCUGUUCACUUCAUGGUGACCAACAUCUGCCUCCGAGCCUAGCAGUUGAAUCUUCUAAUACAUCAAUAGCAGCCAGGUUUCUUGAGGAUGAGGAUAUACGGUCACAGCAACUCUUAAAGCAACUGGACAUCCAUAUUGAGGAACUGAAAAUUGAAAGUGAAAGAACUGUUGAUAAAUACAAAUGACCUACAGUUGGAAGGGCAGCUCAUGGGCUUCCUUUGGUGGAAGUUCUACUGUGCGAGAAUCAGUAAUUUGAAGCUAUUGUAUAGGUUGUUGAGUCUCAGUGAUUGAACUGUAUGGUUCCUUGAAAGGCAUCUCAUGUAUAUUAGGGUAUAAGUUUGCCAUCUUGUCUAUCUUCUGAGUUCUUUGUUUGCAAUACUGUGGCUUUUUGUUCUAUCUUCCUUAAAUUACACUGGAAAGGCAAGACAGCGUUGCUAGUGUAUUACUGAUGUACAUAUGGAGAUGUGGUUCAGACUUCCACGUUAUGCCCCUAUAUCCAUCAAAGAAUCUCCUUUUAUAGAUAAGGCAACUAGGCCAAGGAUUUAAUAUUGGAACUGCUAAAUUUGCAAGUUUUACUUGUAUGACCACAACACUGAGCAUUGGCUGACAUUGGUGCUGCGCUAAUUGUGUUCAUCAGAUGAUUCAACAUGCAAGAAAUACACACUGAAUGUCUUGUGUUUAAAAUAAUGGUGCAUUUUAUUUUGUAUAUUGAUGAGAACUGAUAAGUGAAAAUAGACUUCCAACUCCUGAUAACAUUCUUUGAUGCAAACAGGGUUGAGAAACAUUGUCUUUAGAUUAUUUUAUCCAUAGCCUACCUUGUGCUGCAAGUAUUUGAUGGAGAAAUGUAAAUACUGCAAAUACAAACUUAUGAAGCUGGUUUUUGAGCAGAAACUUUCAUCACUAAUGUUUUCAUUUAUUUU